AUGGGGCGGUCGCCGUGCUGCGACGGGGAGGCCGGCGUGAAGAAGGGCCCGUGGACGCCCGAGGAGGACAAGCUGCUGGUGGACUACAUCCAGGAGAAGGGCCACGGCAGCUGGCGUCGCCUGCCCAAGCUCGCCGGCCUCAACCGCUGCGGCAAGAGCUGCCGCCUCCGCUGGACCAACUACCUCCGCCCCGACAUAAAGCGCGGCCGCUUCACCGACGACGAGGAGAAGCUCAUCAUCCACCUCCACUCCCUCCUCGGCAACAAGUGGUCGUCGAUUGCUACGAAGCUGCCGGGGAGGACGGACAACGAGAUCAAGAACUACUGGAACACUCACCUGCGCAAGAAGCUGCUCGGCAUGGGCAUCGACCCCGUCACGCACCGCCCCCGCACCGACCUCAGCCUGCUCGCCGGGCUCCCGGGCCUCCUCGCCGCCGCCGGUAACUUCGGCGGCGCCGGCUCGGCCACGGGCGCCUGGGACAUGAACGCGCUCAGGCUGCAGGCCGACGCCGCCAAGUUCCAGCUGCUUCAGGGGCUCGUGCGCGCGCUCACCACCGCCGCGGUGCCCGCGCCCGCACCUGGCAUGGACAACCUCAUGGCACUCCUCGCCGCCAGCAGCGGUGGGCAGAGCGGCAUGAAUAACGGUGGGCAGCACGGCGUUGACCAGAGCAUGCUGCUACAACAGUGCCAAUGGGACGGCAUGAAUAACCUACCGGCGCUGACCAACUCCGCGCCGGCGAGUGGCAUGCACAACAUCAGCGGCAUGUUCGAUGGCUUCGGCGCCGGCGACGGGCUGAGCUCGACGGAGCUCGGGUGCCACGGCGGGGCGAGCGGGAGCAACGUGACCGUGGACGCGGUGGCGCCACCGCGCCCAAUGGUGGCCAACGACCAGGAGUGCAACAACAAUGGCGGCGGCGGUGUGUCGUGCGAGCAGACGCCGGCGUCGAGCCCGUUCGACGGGCUGGAGAGCCUGAACCUGAUGGAUGACCUCAACACGGACGGUAGCUGGAAGGAUUUGCUAGAGCAAAUGUCAUGGCUGAACUCAAGUGAGCUGUGA